AUGUUUAUAUUACUUAUUUGUCUCCCAUUCGUUGCUACAUUUGAUUAUUCAAUAAAAGUUGAAGAAAAAUCUUCCAUUAAUAAAACAAUAUAUCAAUUUCCACGUUCAUAUGAAUUAUUAAAUAAUUUUCAAUCAAGUUUUAAUUUAACAAAUAAUAAUAAAAAUUUAGUUUUAACAAAAAUAAUUGAUCGUGAUUAUUGGUGUUUACAAAAUAUUUGCUCGUGUGAUUAUUGUUCAUUUAUUCUUGAAUUAUUUUCUAAUGAUGAUAAAACUUCACCAAUAUUUUCAACUAUUAAUAUAACAAUAACUGAUAGAAAUGAUCAUGCUUGUCAAUUUUUGGAUAUUCAAAAAAAUAUUUUCUUAUCUGAAUCUAUUCAAAUUGGUCAUCGUUUUCCAAUAGCUCGUGCUAUUGAUUAUGAUUCAGGUAUUAAUAGUCAACUAUCAUUUAAACUUCUUAAUAAUAAUGAUUAUUUUGAUUUAAAUAUCAUAAAAUUAACAACAAAUGAAUAUGCGAUAUAUGGUAUUGUUAAACGUUCAUUUGAUAGAGAAUUAAAUGAAAAAUAUGAUUUAAUUAUUGAAGCACAUGAUCAUGGAAUUUCAGAAGUUAAAUUUAAUCGUACAAAAAUAACACUUUGGAUUUUAGAUGAAAAUGAUAAUGCACCAAAAUUUAAUCAAACUGAAUAUUCAAUUCAAUCUCUUCCCGAAAAUACUUCAAUUGGUACUAAACUAUUAACAAUAUCGGCUACAGAUGCUGAUAAAGGUUUAAAUGGUCUUAUACAUUAUUCAAUUAUGAUUUCAUCAGAUAUAUCAUCAUUUCCAUUUGUAAUAAACUCAACAACUGGAGUUAUUAGUCUUCGUUCAUUAUUAGAUUAUGAAACAGUUCGUUCAUAUCGUUUUUUAAUACGUGCAUCAGAUUCUGGUUUACCACAAUCUUUAUAUACGGAUACUUGGCUUUCAAUAUCAAUUAAAGAUGUAAAUGAUUGUCCUGUUGAAAUAUUCUUUCUACCGAAUCGACAAUUUCAAUAUAAUAAUCAAGCAUUAUAUAUCUAUGAAAAUACAGAAAUAAAUAAUUUAACAUUAGGUUAUAUUCGUUUAAAUGAUCGUGAUUCUGAACAAACAAAACUUUCAGUUUCAUUAGUCGUGCUAGAAAAAAAUUCUAAACAAGACUAUGAACUUAUUUUAUCUAAUCAAAUUAAUUCAUAUACAUUGAUUGUUAAACAAGGAAUAUUUGAUAGAGAAAUUCAAUCAGAAAUAAAUCUUCGUUUUAUAGCUACUGACACUUUUUUAACAUCAAUUUAUGAUUUAAAAAUUUAUUUAAUUGAUUUAAAUGAUAAUCCAAGUGAAUUUUCAUCGAAUGUAUUACAAUUCUAUGUUGAAGAAUUAGAAAAUUAUCAUAUGACUGAACAUCCGUUUGAAAAUUAUCAAUUAACAAUUGGUUAUUUAAAUGCCAUUGAUCCAGAUGAAGGUGAAAAUGCAUUAAAUAAAUAUGAAUUAGAAUUAAAUUCAUUAGUUGAUAUUGAUUCCGAUACUGGACGAUUAUAUUUAAUAAAACCGUUAGAUCGAGAACAAAUAUCACAAAUUGAAUUGAAAGCAAAAGCAAUUAAUAUUGUUGAGCCAAAAUGGGAAACUGAAGUUAGAAUUCAAAUUCAUGUGUAAGUUUUUUCAAACGAUAGAAUUUAGAGAGAAUCUUUAGAAUGCCUUCUAGAAGGGUUUGUUUUAAAGUCUUAUAAAUAUCAAAAAAACAUAGUUACUCAUGUAAUUCGAAUUUGCAUGAAGAACAGUGGCGUACGCAGAAAUUUUUCAAGGGGGGGCCCAACUUCGUAAGGGGGGCCCGCCAUGGCACAACAAAUUUUUUAUCACGCGAAAAUAUUUUUUCCUGUACCCCCCUUCAGGACUUUUUCGUCUCAAGGGGGGGGCCCGGGCCCCCUCGGCCCCCCCCCUGCGUACGCCACUGAACCAAAUACUAAUAUUUUUCAU